AUGCCCGCAACAGCACGUAGAUCGACACGGCUCAGCUCAUCCGCCUCGUCGGCGGACGCGCAGCCGAGCUCGUCCAAACGCAAAACCUCCGGCUCCUCCACCGCCGCUACCUCUUCCUCCACUCGAUCAUCAGCCGCAUCCUCUGGCGUGAUUCCCACCGUCGCCGCACGCAACGCUGCCAAGCAAAAGACAGAUAGAAAGGAACGCAGAUUCGAAGAUGUCAUGGACAGCUCCUUCGCUGCUGAUGACACCCGCCGUAUGGACAUGAGCAUGGGUGCCUUCCAACCCAUCAAAUCUUCCACGUCCAAAAGGAGUAGAGAAGAGGUGGACGCUGCUGCGCGCAAGGUCAAACAGGCAAGCAGCAGACGCGAUGAGCCGCCGAAAGCCAAGCGCAAGCUCCGACAAAGUAAGUCUGAGGCAGACAUGCAGCCUUCUUCCCCGCGCCUGUCGACUCCCGUCGCUGACUCCGACCUUGCCCUUCUCCCUCUAGCACUCGGCGAGGAAUCCGACGACGACUUUGUCUUUAGCCGCGAGCCUGCCCGACGCAACGGCCCCGCCGCUUCAUCCUCAUCAGCAGCUGUGGGUAGUGCCGCCGCCCGUGCUCAGCUUUCCCGCAACGGCGCAUCCGUACCUUCCUCGAGCCGCACCGUCUUCGAGCCGCUACCGGAUGCAGCGGGAGGCGAGACACCCAUCAUCCGCAGAAACCAAGCCUUCCGCGCCGGUCUCGAAAAGCAACCUCGCCGCCCCACGGGACGCGAGGCAGCCGAGCAGUCGCGCCGCAGCAGCCUCAACCUCAAGGGGCAACGGCGCGUCUCGUCCUUGCGCGACGGCACAGCGGCGUAUCCACACGAGGACGUGCCGGACCACGAGCUCUUCCGACACUGCAGCGACCAGCUUCCUCCCGUGGUGCGCAUGAAGCACCUUGUCGGCUGGAUCCUCAAACGCUCGCUCGACAUUGCGAGGGGCAAGGCCGAGCUGCCCGUGCGCUCGCGUGACGCAGCCAAAAAGGCCAAGGGAAAGGCAAAGGAGGCGGACGAGCUGCCCAUGUUCAGCGAAGCAGAGCUCAAGCUCAUCCGCUCCCGCAGUGGCGAGUUCGACUCGGUGCUCCAGCAGCUCUUGACGGACCUCAAUGACGGUGUUUUCGGCAUCAGCUGGAUGGGCGCGACUGACGAGGUAAGUGUGCCGAUCUCUGUCGAGCACGACGAGAGAACGAUAGCUGACCAGAACCUGUUUACAACUUCUCAGAAGGAGGGCAAGCGUCAAACACCGCAUCCACGCAACGAGUCGAAUCGCAAGGCGUCGGCGCAGCUCUCGGCGAUCGUCGAGGCGAUGCGCAACGAGUCGCUGGCGUGGAGCAAAGAGCUCACGCGGCUCGAAGACUACGAGGCCGAGACGAGCCGGCUCGAGGCGCUGGUCGACGACGAGGGUGCUGCGGAGUCGGGCGACGUGAUUGCAUGGGAUCGGCACGAUCUGGACGAAGCCGGGCUGCAACAGCUGCGCGAUGCCGAGGCGGCCAUGGAGUGGCUGCAGAAGCUCGAGGCCGAGGAUGCGGCGGAUGCGCCCAAGGCCAAAUCGCGCACCAAGGGGCGUGCGUCCAGAGCGGCGCAAGCGCGCGGCGCCGACGACGACAACGAGCAGCUACAGGGCACCGAGCACGACCCACGCUGGGCCGACGUCGAGUUCAAUGUGGAUCUGCUGCGAUCGAGGUCGCAUCAGUUUGCGCAGCUCGAGUCGCUCGCGAGUCGGUAUGUGCGGACGGUGUCUGCGCAUGCGGCGCAGGCACUGCGCGACCGCACGAGCAGCAGCAGCGCGCUGGCAGGCACAUCGUCGUCGAGCGCGAAACGUGGCAGACGCAAAGCGGCCACCGAUACUAACGACGGCGGCCACGGCAGCAGCGAGCGGCUCGAGGCUCUGCUCAGCGGCGUGCGCGAGUCGCGGUCGAUCAGCACGACGGGCGCAGAGUCCAGGCCGAGCGCACCGGAUCAGAGCGUGGCCGAUGUCAGUGCGAGCACGUUCGUCGAGCCCGAUGAGAGCGAAACGACGGAUCUGCUGCGUGCGCUUGCCCGCAUGUAG